AUGAAACGAAGUAUAAAUGACUAUUUUGUAUCAAAAGUGAGGUGUGUAAGUAAUAGUUCUAAUGUAACAAAUAAUAGAGAUGUUUCGGUUUCAAAUUUAACACAAGUUCCGGACAAAGACGAACAAAAUGUUAUUUUGAGUACUCCGGUGCCUAAAAAUUAUAGUAUAUUUGAUAUAAAACUAUAUAUUGAUAAACUAUUGACGAAAACCGAAAAAACGGAAGCAUUAAAUACAAUUUGGACGCCAGGUAAAAAUUAUGAUUUUCCUAUUACGCUUUAUGGUAGUAAAAAUUUAAAAUUUCAAAUGUCGUGGUUUGAUAAAUGGAGUUGGAUUGCAUAUAGUGGUUUAGAUGAUGGCAUUUAUUGCAAAUAUUGUGUAUUGUUUUGCGUCAAACAAGGUGGGAAAGGAGACCAAUCGCUUGGGCAGCUUUGCACUCAACCAUUAAAAAAUUGGAAACACGCAAUUGAAAAGCUUAAAUCGCACGAAGCUAAUAAUUAUCAUAUUAAUUGUGUUUUAAAUUUUCAACAUUUGUCUGCGGUAAUUUCAGGGGAAGAGUCUUCUGUGUAUGACCAAAUUAAUAAGGUAGCAAAAAAACAAAAAGACGAUAAUAGGAAAAUUAUUAGCCCUGUAAUUCGAUCAGUUAUACUCUGUGGUCGUCAGGGAAUUGCCUUAAGAGGCCACCAGGAUUGUGGUCCAUUAAAAUUAACUGAACCAAGUGAAAAUGAUGGCAAUUUUCGUGCUUUACUUCGAUUUUAA